CAAAAUCCGCCGGCUACAAAGCCCAGUUUGCCCAGAUUGAAUGAGAUUCUCAUCUCUCUGCGUGCACAACUGGUCAAUGAAAUCAUUCAGAAGGAAGAAGUGAAGAAUGGAGGAGAAGCAAAUGAGGAAGUUGGUGAUGAUGGUGAUGAUGAAGAAGAGCCAGUUCCCACUGCUGCACAGAUGAGAUUUGCACUCUACACUCUGCAAAGCGGUCUACAUGUAUCCGAUUUCACAAAAUUCGACGAUUUCUGGUGCCUGGAGAAGGGCAUCAAAGAGCACUUGCGAGUGAAGUUUGCUCCAAAACAACUGACACUAGACCGCUGA